CGUUCCCAUUCCCGGUUGCUACGCACUUUUGGCUCCGCUGUCCUUGUUCCCUCCACUACAUAUAUCCCCCGGUCCCCCUAUUCCUGAUGCUACUUAGCCGCUUCGAAUGACUAUUUUCAAUCUCACUGAAGCUUAGCCUACCUCAUCACCUCUGAUGAGUUGAGUCUUGACUGCUAGCAUUGCAGCGGGGGUAGAUAUGGAUCCGCAAGCUGAGUUGAUGAGUAACGGAGGAGGCGGCGGCGGCGGAAGGGACUUCCAGGCCGCUCCUAUUGCUCCGUAUAGCUUGACUGAGAUCUGGCCGUUCACAAUCAAUGCCGCCGGCCCGGCGGCGUAUGGGUUGGGGAUGCCCGCGAAUGUGAGUCUAGAGCACUGUGCGCCGUUGAGUGAUCCGCGGUUUUCGGACCAGACAGUGAAUCAGAACGGCAGCAGAGCUAGGAAGCGACGCGAGGAUGACGAAUCAGCUAAGGGAGUUUCCACCAGCGGCAAUGACUUGAAUGAAAGUGAUACUAAGCAACUAAAGACAGUAGGUUCAAAUGAUAACCCUGAGUCUGAAGUCAAUGGGGAAGGGACUCCUGGAAAGCCAUUAGAACAACCUGCAAAGCCCCCCGAAGUGCCCAAAGAUUACAUCCAUGUUCGUGCACGGAGGGGUCAAGCAACUGAUAGUCAUAGCUUGGCAGAAAGGGUAUAAUUGUACUUUUCUUUAUUUCUUGUUCUGUGAAUUUGAAAGUUAUCAUGCUAAGAUACAGGAAGGUACCUCUCAUGAUCUGAUCAGCUCUUUAGCAUCAUGUUGAUAACUGGCCAGAAGAGAAAAGAUCAGUGGAAGAAUGAAAAUUCUUCAAGAUAUAGUCCCUGGUUGCAACAAGGUUAUUGGCAAAGCACUGGUCCUUGAUGAGAUUAUUAAUUAUAUCCAAUCAUUACAACGUCAGGUUGAGUUUUUGUCAAUGAAGCUUGAAGCAGUUAAUUCAACAAUUAGCCCCGGAAUCGAAGGAUUCCCAUCAAAAGAUUUUCCUACACACACCUUCGAUGCAUCUACAAUAGUGUUUGGUUCACAAGCUACUCGAGACUAUCAUCGGGGAGCUUCACCAGAUUGGCUGCACAUGCAAACUGGUGGUGGAUCUGAAAGAACCGCAUGAGUGAAUAGACAAAUGAGGAUCCAGUGCUGCUUUCGCUCUUUGUCCUUUUCCAUUCGGCAAUACUACAUAUGUCUAUUAGUUCACAGACGAGAAAGAGUACUUCUGAUGUUUUUCGCAUACCCUUAGCAUGCUUCUUCAUGCUUUGUAACUUGCUGCACAAAAAGACCAUUAAAUGAAAUUUCUUCGGGUGAAAGUGGUUUCGUGUCCAUCUUGGGAUUUUGCAACACAGAAAAUGUCGUUGAUUUGAGUAUUGAACAUUAUUGUCUGCAAUGCAAUGCUCCUCCUGUGAGGUUUGAAAUGGAUGGAAUGAUAGAAUCUAUUGAACUGAGUUUAGACUGAAUUGGAUCUCUUAAAUUAUAAAUAAAAAUUGUUUCUAAAUUUAUAUACUACCUCCGUUCUUAAAUAAGUGUAACAUGUGAC